AGAUUCCUUCCUUUAGAUUGUCACUUCCUUUAGAUUGAACCUGUUUAAGUGUUCGGCGUCUGUUAGAGACAACAUUUUCUGAAAUAUUUAGUAGAAACAUGAGUUCUUUGGACCAGUUAAAAAAACUUACGGUCGUUGUGGCCGACACUGGCGAAUUUGAUGCAAUGAAGCAGUAUAAACCAACAGAUGCCACAACAAAUCCCUCAUUGAUUUUAGCAGCUUCAAAACUAAACCAUUAUCAGCAUUUAAUUGAAAAAGCUGUUAACUAUGGCAAGUCUCAUGGAAAAACUCAUGAGGAGCAAUUGAAUUCUGCAAUGGAUAAACUUUUUGUUCUUUUUGGUUGUGAAAUAUUGAAAAUAAUUCCUGGACGUGUUUCUACUGAAGUAGAUGCUAGGCUGUCUUUCGAUAAAGAGGGUUCAAUACAAAAAGCUCGUAGAAUAAUUGAAUUGUAUGAAGAAGAAGGCAUAAACAAAGAUCGUAUACUUAUCAAAUUAGCCUCCACAUGGGAAGGUAUUCAAGCUGCAAAAGUUCUUGAAGAAAAAUACCAGAUUCAUUGUAAUAUGACUUUGCUAUUUAAUUUUGCACAGGCUGUGGCAUGUGCUGAAGCUGGUGUUACUUUGAUUUCUCCAUUUGUUGGCCGUAUUUUUGAUUGGUAUGUUACGAAUACCGAUAAAAAAUCUUUUGAACCCAAAGAUGAUCCUGGUGUGCAGAGUGUCACUAAAAUAUAUAACUAUUACAAGAAAUUUGGUUAUAAAACUGUCGUUAUGGGUGCCUCUUUUCGUAAUGUAGGUCAAAUAAAAGCUUUAGCAGGAUGUGAUCUACUUACGAUAAGCCCCAAAUUACUUCAAGAAUUAGCAGAUUCAAAGGAUGAAAUUCACCGUUUCUUAAGUUCUGACUAUGCAAAGAACAUGAACAUUGAAAAAGUGAGCUUUGAUGAGUCAAAAUUCCGUUGGGAACUUAAUGAUGACCCCAUGGCUUGUGAUAAAUUAGCUGAUGGAAUCAGGAAAUUUGCUGCAGAUGCUGUUAAAUUAGAAAAUUUAAUGAAAACCAGAAUCUAAGAUUCUUUUAAAAGCGAUAUUCAUUUUCCAGACAUCUUUAUUUUCCAUUUUUAAAAAUUCACGCUGUAUGUUUUUUUACAUAUGUUCCUAAAAUAUAUUUUUGCAUUUUGGUACUUAUAUUGUUUGAUAUUGUUUUGAAUAAAUUUGUACUUAUUGCUUGUUGUAUUAGAU